AUGAAAAACAAGUUUGAUUCGAAAGAUAACAAGCCGCUUCAUAGAAAGUUCUCCAUAGCGCCACCAAAUGUCAACACUUUCCCUACCGGUGUUGAUUUCAUCGAGCCAAAAGUGAUCCAGUUCAUCAACAACAUUCGAACCACUCAACCACCCUUCAGAAAGCAGAGACCUAAUGGGCUACGUCCACAGCGACCCGGUUCAAAUCCAAAUAAUUCGAGAAUUCACCCACGAUUCCGACCAACACCACCACCGUCACCGCCACAGCCACAGCCUUCUCUGAAGAAACCGUUGAGACCGAAGCAGCCGCCUCAAACCAACGUUCCUCAACCGUCUCCAGCUCAACCGACCUGUGGAGUCGCACCAGAGUUCAGUCCUUGUGUUAGUUCUGAGCAAGCCAGUCACGGUAAGUACGAAUUACAUCCACUUUUCUCUACGGUUCAUUUGUUUCGAUUUGUCGAUUAUUUGCAGCUUUGUUGGAAUGCUGCCCAAAGAAAGAACCUCCCAGCUGGCUGUUUGUCCCUUUGUCGGUAUGACAUCACACAAGCCGAGGUCCGUUUGGGUCUUUCCUUCCCUGCUUUUUGUGGGCGACCCACCCAGACUCGUCCAUACUUUGGACCUCAAUGCGAGCAGUUUUGUCGACCAGCACAAGGACUCAGCGCCUUGGGCCUUCAGCACAUAGUGUGUGCCAACGCGAUCGGUGACAUGCUUCAUUGCCAUCACGCGGGAAUCAGGCGAUAG